AUCAGAACUCGAGUAAUACGUGCUACCGGUGUCGAGCGCAGGAAAUCUAUUUUGGCUUUACUUCUGAUUGGCUGAAAAGAAACACCUCAGCAGACCUGUUUGUAUCUGAUUAGCUAAACGGCAUUGCACAAGACGCAGUUUUUACCCAACGAGAGAGCCAACCAGACGCUGAACUAAAGCAAAGCAUGCCAAGUCUUAAUUAACAGUUAAGCAAAACGGUUUUUUCCUGAAUUUUUUUUCUGUUUUGGUCUCUUAUGUUGCCUCGUGUUACAUCACACGUUUACUAAUAACAAUAUUUAAAAAGGGACAAGUUUCUUCCCUAGGUUUUUGACGGCAGCAAAAAUAAGCACGAGAUUACAACAUCUCAACUGGAAGAGCCAAAAAUGGCGCGGUUUCUGCGAGUCAAGCCAAUAGAGUGGCAUGGUGACAUUGCUCUUAGAGUCGAGAUUUAUGGCUGCAUGCGAGAUUUCCCAAAAUGCGGAAUUCGACGUCAAGAGGAGAAUCGCCAUUCUCGCCAAAGGCGAAUUGUCGGUGGCAGCGAAGCCCGUCCAAACUCCUGGCCAUGGCAAGUGGAAAUUUUGGUGAAUGGUACAAGUCAUUGGUGCGGAGGAUCACUCAUUCAUCCGCAGUGGAUCAUAACAGCAGCGCACUGCGUGGAUAAGUUUUACUCCCCCUACCCCAGAGAAAUACGCCUCGGGGAACACCACAGUAAAACACUCGAGGGUUACGAGGAGGUUGUUGAGGCCGAUAAAUCUUAUAUGCAUCCUGGAUUUACUCAUGAUCGCCCAACGUUCAUCAGUGCGGGGGAUUAUGACUUUGCGCUUUAUCAUCUCAAAAGACCCGCCACUUUUUACAGCCGUGUUAGCCCAGUGUGUCUGCCCGACGAAGACUCCACUAUCGCCGAGGAUGUCGGCCGAGUCUGCGUCGUGACUGGUUGGGGGCAUACCAGUGAGAAUGGCAACUUUUCCGAUGUCCUGCAUGAAAACGAAGUACCUAUAGUUUCGUGGGAAGAAUGUAACAAAGAGAGGUCAUAUAACGGGUAUAUUAAAGAACGCUUCAUGUGCGCAGGAUAUGAGGAAGGAGGGAAGGACGCCUGCCAAGGAGACAGCGGAGGGCCCUUGGUGUGUCAAGAUGACGCAGGAAGAUGGGUCCUCGCUGGUGUGGUGACUUGGGGAGUGGGAUGUGCGAGACCCCUCAAGUUUGGGGUGUACAGUGAUGUACGCCGAUUCCUCCCCUUCAUUGAAAGCACCAUAUAUGGUUACCCAGAAUGUGGAGUUCGACCAGUGGCCUCCAUUUCCUCCCGCAUCGUGGGAGGACGCGAGGCUCGCCCCAACUCCUGGCCGUGGCAAGUCGAUCUUCUGGUCAAUGGUACUGCUCACUACUGCGGAGGCUCUCUGAUUGAUCCGUCCUGGAUUGUGACGUCAGCGCAUUGUUUUUAUUUAUAUACCCAACCGGAGCAGUGGCAAGUCAGGGUUGGAGAACACAACGAGACAAAAUUCGAAGGUUACGAAGAAAUGAUCAAUAUUGAUACGAUAACAAUUCAUCCCGGAUUUAUACUGGGCAGCGCCGAAGACACUGGCGAUUACGAUAUUGCGAUCAUCAAACUCAAGCGGCCAGCGGUGUUCCACAAACUGGUGCACUCUAUCUGUCUGCCUGAAAUGGAAACUCGUUUUGCAACCGGUAAAACCUGUUUUGCCACCGGAUGGGGAAAGCAAGACGAAAAUGCGGCUGAGUACUCUGACGUUCUUCGCGAAGUGGAGGUGGACCUGGUAUCUAAAGAAGUCUGUAACAGCAAUAUUUCCUACAAUGGCCUGCUAAACGAGCGAUAUUUUUGCGCCGGGUUUCAAGCUGGCGACAAAGACGCGUGCAGUGGUGAUAGCGGAGGACCGCUGGCUUGCCAGAUUGAGAAUGGAAGUUUCGUUUUGACGGGUGUGGUUAGCUGGGGAGAAGGAUGCGCUCGAGCUAAUAAAUAUGGCGUGUAUUUAGAUGUACGGUUCAUGUUGCCAUUCAUUGAGAGCACAAUAGACGGUUAUCCAAAAUGUGGCACUCGCUUUCUUACCGCGCAAAGUUCUCUCGCGGUCAACGGAAGCGAGGCUCGGCCCAACUCCUGGCCGUGGCAAGUUGAAUUGCUCUUCAAUGACACGCAUGCGUGUAGCGGUUCUUUAAUUGACCAGCGUUGGAUCGUGACGUCAACAGCCUGUGUGAACUCAAGCCAUAAUCCUGAAAACUGGAAUGCACGACUCGGUGAGCACAAUAGAACAGUUCUUGAGGGAUACGAAGAAACUAUCAAGAUUGAUAACAUUUUAACAAGUCCGCUGGGCCACAUUACACUGAUGAAAAUGAAACGUGUUGCAGUUCUUCACCAGCGUGUGACUCCAGUGUGUCUUCCAGAAGAAAAUACAACGUUUCCCGUGGGGUCAUCGUGUUAUGUGAGCGGUUGGAGGUCUACGAAAAAGGAAGGAAAUCCCACAGUUGUGUUAAACGAGGCCCAAGUUGAACUGGCCUCAUCGGAGCUGUGUAAUACGUCAUACGGUGGAAUGGUUACCAAGUAUGAACACUGUGCUAGUACCCCCCCAGGAAAGGAUGAAGUUUGUAAUGUCGAGAAUGGUACGCCACUUGUUUGUCCGGGGAGAAAUGGAACAUUUGUACUGGCAGGAGUAGCGUCUUCCGAAGAUUGGUGCUCAAACCCUGGACAAUAUGGCGUCUUUAUCGAUGUUAAAAUGAUGCUUUCGUUCAUAGAGAGUACCAUUGCACCGAAAAAGGAGGCAAUUAGUGUUUAGCUACUUUGUUCCAUCAUAUUUUAGUAAAAAGAGACUUCUUCAUAACUGUUAUUUGGGUCGUCAGCUGCAGUCUAAAUUAACCUCCAAAACAACAGCUGCGAAGGGAACUUUAGGGCUUUUCUCCGUUAAAACAAGAUUUUGUUGAACCUUUCAUUCAAAAACAGGAAAACGCGUUUAUUAUCAAGGAACUAUUGACGUCUUGUACAAAAAAGUAAGCUGUGUCAAAAUCUUCAUGUAUAUGCAACUGUCCUUUCACAAGGUUAUGGUUUACGUGUUAACGGAGCUUGCAACCUUGAAAAAUUCAUUUCUUUUACUUUGUAUAGUUUGCGAAAACUCUCCAAAUCUAGCUUUUGCAAAUAAUUUGUAAAAACGAUACUAACCAAAAAACCUGGUUUACAUACAUAUCAUCGUUUGUCUUUUCAUUACCAUAUUAAUCGAAACUAAGUCAAGCCUAUUUCAGUAUGCAGCAAGUGUAAAACACAAAAGCAAGUAAAGAGCAAAAUAGACGAGAUAAAACAGCAAAUAUAAACUCGAACACAUUCAAGUGCAAUGCCAUCUUGGAGAAGUACCUUAUUAAAAUUCUUGUCGAUUUGUAUCACUUGCAUGCAUAGACCAGUUUUCUGAGCCGUCGAAAACUGACUCGUUUUGCUCUUACUAUGCCACACGAUUGGCUUAAAACUUGCACCACUCUUUCAUCCAAUCAGAAGUAAAAGCAAAACCAAUCGUGACUCACUCGCACGCGCUUCCCCGCGGUUUGCGUCAGCUACUUGUAAUUACUUCGAGUUUUGAAUGGUUCAUUGUAUUAUCUGUUUACUUUAGAGCGGUUUUCAGUUGACUGUCGAAAGUAAUCAGGCAAUUACUUUGGUUUUGGUUUUGGUUUUACUAC